CCACUCUCUCCAUCGCCUUGACAAUCUUCACACUACUGCUGUCGUAACACCUCGGUAUUGAUCUCCAUUCUUAUUUCGGCAUGAUCGGGGCCAACGGUGAGCUGUUAAAGCUCACCGACUUUCCGUUGCCACCCGCCACUCCGCUCCCCAGCACAUACCCCUGCCAACUCGGAUCACAGCACGAGCGAAACAACUUUCGCCCACGACAGUUCAAGCGCAUCCCGUCAGCUACUGAGAGCCAAGCUGCCCUGCGCCGUACACUCCAGAAGUACUGGGGUCACGCCAACUUCCGGGGUCCGCAGCUUGACAUCUGCAUGUGGGCGCUUCGCGGGAGCGAUGUACUUGUAGUCGCACCAACAGGAUUGGGAAAAUCGGUGUGCUUUCAGGUGCCUGCUCUUUCAUGCGAAUACGGAAUCACAGUUGUGGUGUCGCCUCUUCUCGCCCUCAUGCGUGACCAGGUCUCCAGCAUGCGUGCAAAGGGUAUUCAGGCGUUUCAGCUCAGCGAGAAGACCGACCCCACAGAGAUUCGAGAGAUCAAACGACAACUCCGGCUCGGUCACCCGCAGUUGCGCCUCCUCUAUGUCACACCGGAAACGCUUUUCAGCCCAAAAUACACGGCUGACUUUGAUGUGGCGUACCGUCAAGCACAGAUUGCCCGGCUAGUGGUCGACGAGGCCCACGUUAUCGAUGAAUGGGGCUCUACGUUUCGACCAACGUACCGCAAGCUCGGCGAGUUCCGCCUUCGUUACCCCUCUGUUCCCAUCACCGCGCUCACUGCGUCCGCCACUAGCGAGGUGCGCAACGACAUGCUCACGAUCCUCAAUAUGCCCAAAACCUCAGACCAGGGCCUUGCGCAGUGGGUAGAGCCCUUCAACCGCAAGAAUCUCUUCUACGAGGUGCGCCACCAAGGUGGAUGGGAUCGACAGGCGGACAUCAUCGAUGACCUCAUCAAGUUCAUUCGCUCGUUUUCGCGCGAGGCCGAGGGCAUCAAUAGGCGUCACAAUGUUGAAGUGCCGUGCAUCUCGGGGCUGGUAUACUGUCGCAUGACUGCCAAUUGUCACGUCGUCGCCGAAGCCCUCAAUACCGCCGGUAUCUCGGCGAUGCCGUUCCACGCCAAGCUGUCAGCUCACAAACGCAACCAGGCACUCGAUGACUGGAAAGAGGGCAAGGUCGAGUGCAUCGUCGCCACCAUCGCGUUUGGGAUGGGCGUGGACCAGCCACACGUUCGAUAUGUUGUGCACUACGAUAUGCCAAAGUCGUUUGAGGGAUACUAUCAAGAAACGGGCCGCGCAGGACGAGACGGUCAUAUGUCCCGCUGUGUUCUCUAUUACGCCCGGGAAGAUGCUCGAUACUUGCGCAGCCUAAUUGCCAAGGAGGCUGAGAGUGGCAGGAAGAACGGCGUGGACCAGACCACAAUGGAAAGGGCGAAACUACGAAUGGUCAAUAGCUUCAAAGCACUACAGCACUAUGCCGAGUCGAUCUCCCUCUGCCGGCACAUCGCCAUCUGCCGAUUUUUCGGAGAGGAUAUCGAUGAGGCCACGCCGGGUGUCAAGCAGAAGUACUGCGAUGGGAUGUGCGAUAUCUGCUCCAAUCGAAGUGGCGUGUACUUGCGUGCCAAUCAACUUAACGAGGAGUGCGAAGUGGCGUCGCCCAUCAUCCAACCGGCCCCGCUGGAGCCGUCGCCAGACUAUUUCGUCUUGAGUGGUCAGGUCAGGAACUCUCUAGCCAGGCUGCAUGCCUCGUCCGCACUGCUACCCGCCAGUCGCGUCACCAACCUCUCACCGGUCCAGGACUUGGCUUCCACACACGACCCAGAUCUCGACGACGACUUCACAGAACAAUGGCUUGCGGGGAAUGAGCUACCAACCCCGCUGCGGACGCCAGCCCCCAUGCUCUCGAGUAGAAGCGUCCAUGCCACGCCCAGGCUGCAGGUGGGGAGUCGCUUCACCACACCUUUGCCUCGCGUGGGCGUUUCUGCAGCACCCCGUCCUCUCUACGCUACCCCUCAGGCUCAGAUACGCACACCAAGCCGAUUACAAACGAUGGACGAGGUCGCAGAUGAGGGCUUGAGGAGCGCAGUGGUCAUAUUGGGCGACGAACGCACGCCAGAGUAUGCUGAGCGCAAGCGUAUGGCGCGAGAACAAGCGUUCAAAGCCGUUACUCCGGCAAGAGAGGGUGGUCCGCUUUCCUUUUAUAACAGCGGUGCCCCGCGGAAGCGUGUAAAGAUUGGUUCCCAGUUCAAGACGCCGUUCAUCGACACAUCCCCCAUUGCCCCUCAAGCCAUACCCGCCUUUAACGCGCAGGUUUCACACCUCCGCGGCGACCCGUCGCAGGCUACACCAGCACAGCCAGUUCCACGAGCACGGCAGCCACUAUUUUUACCUGGUCCUUCGCAGUUCAGCCAGUUUGUGGAGACAGACACCGCUCCACCAGCGCGACUACCCGAGCCGUCAUCAGUUUCCACAGUGCCAGACCCAUCGGGUCGCCAGGCGGCGAUUCAGAAGCUGGGCGAGGCACUUCGGCUAAGCUUGGAGAGCGGGGCGCUUGCUGAGGAGGUGCUCCAACACUGGGGGCGGAGCGAGGUUGGAGACAAACGUGUCAAGCUGUUGAAGAAGGUCGCCCGCGAGUUGGAACUGGACAUUGCUAAAAUGGGGCGUGCGGGCGAGCCUUACGACGGCAUAAUCGAUGAGACAUGUGCCGCACUCAAGCUUGUGCGUGAUGCGCGCGGAGUCGGUCUCGUGACCAGUGGCCGGCUCGGCGCCGCUCAGGAUCCGCGCGUGGAGCGGCUCCGGCACGUCGAACUCUGCAUGCAGAGUGUUAGGGUGAAGUGAGCAUUGUACGACCAAGCGAUGACAUAGACUGUAGGAUAGGAUCUGUUGUACACUGUUAGUCCCGUAUGCAUACAACUAUUCCGGCGCUUCGAG